CUCACCGCGCUGUAACAAGAACAAAGGAACCGACACAUUCCUCUGAUCUGGACAUCAAUCACUCCUGUGUGUCCGCUGUUCAGUGGUUUCUAUGGUAACACCUGAUAACCGUUAAGAUGAUGAAGACGGUGUGUGUGGUGUGUGUGUUCCUCACACUCGGGUGUGUCGGACCCGCUUCAGGAGGUGAGCACUCUCUGUUUUACACCUACACGGCUCUCUCUAAACCUCUGGAUCUUCCUGGAGUCUAUGACUUCACUGCACUGGGAAUGCUGGAUGAUCGAGAACUUGACUACUAUGACAGCCAGACUCAGGUUAAGGUUCCUAAACAGGACUGGAUGAGAGAGAAGAUGCCAGCGGAUUACUGGGAGAAAGGAAUUCAGUCCCGCAGGAGUAAAGAGCAGUGGUUUAAGGUCAACAUAGACAUCCUGAUUGAUCGAAUGGGACACAAUAAGACUGACCUUCAUGUCCUUCAGUGGAGACAUGGCUGUGUAAUUAAUGAAGACUCAGAUGGAAGUAUCAAAUUUCUCAGAGGAGUUGAUGAGUACGGCUACGAUGGUGCUGAUUUCCUCUCCUUCGAUGUGGUAAACUCGAGGUGGAUUGCUCUAGUCCCGGCUGCUGAGCCGACCAAAAGGAAAUGGGAUGAAGUGGCCAUCCUUAACCAGUACACCAAGGGCUACCUGGAGAAAGAGUGUGUGGACUGGCUCUCCAAGUUCAUCAACUAUGGAAAAGAAGAGCUUAGGAAGCAUUCUCCACCAGAUGUGUUUGCAAAGAAAUCAGUGAUUCACCCCAGCAAGGUGACACUGACCUGCAUGGCCACGGGGUUCUAUCAUAAAGAUGUGGAGAUGAAUAUAAGAAAGUUAAGAAUAUUGAUACCUGAACAUCUGGUAACAUCAUCAGGAAUCAGACCCAAUGGUGAUGGCACCUACCAGCUGAGGAAGAGUGUGGAGAUCACAGAGGAGGAGAAAGAUCUUUAUGAUUGUUAUGUGUCUCACAGCACCUUUAAAGAACCAAUAAUUGCACAAUUGAAAAACACCCAACACACCCCACAUCCGAGUGAUCCUGGCCUGAGUGGUACAAUACAUCUGAGCGAUCGUGGCCUCUUCUGUGUGGUAUCAUCGGAGCAGUGAUCAGAGUUUUGGUGACACUGGGGUGGUUGGAUGUGUUGUCUUUUACUUAAAAAUAAAACAAGACAGUGUGUAGAGCCACAUCAUCACCAUGUUCUAUACCCUCAAUUACUUGGGUACAAGCAACUCUUAGUUAAAGUUCACAUCAAACAUCAGAGAAAAAAAACAUGAUCUCUCUGACUCGAACAUGGUGUGGUUGUUACCACAUCUGCUUAUUUAAGCCUUUCAGAAACUGUUAGAAACUUCUGGUGAGCUUUUCACACACACACACACACACACACACACACACACUGUAAAAAAUAAUCAUGAGGCUUGUAAUUUUCAUUAAAAAAUUGAUGUAGUCAUUAAAAAUAAUGUGAAUAUUUUAUUUUUUAAAAAAGGUUUUCUGUGUUUUUUAUAAUAUAUUGAGAACAUUUCACUAAUAAAAUUAAGAAAUAAAUUUUACCUAUUUUAUUUUUAAGGAAAUUAGUGCAAUUCUUAGGCUUAAUUUGAGGAACCUUUUAGUCAAAAGAUUUAAGGAAAAAAGGCUUCUUAUUUAUUUUAAGAGAAUUAGAAUUUAUUUUUAAGAGUGAGCCAUUAGCAUGCUUGAGUUUGUUGUAGCGUCUCCACACUUUACUGAAACAGGUUUAGGGGAGUUAGUGUUUAACCUAGUUAGUGUUUUACAAUCUUAUAAAGAUAUGAUGGCCAUGGCAUGGCCGUGAAAUGGUUCAUGGCUAGAAAUGAUUUACUGUACAAGUUCCCUUAGGUUUUAGUACAGAAUG